GAAGAGGAAGUCGACCCAUUGAAUCUUUGGAAAGUAGUAGUAACCCUUUCAACAUUUAAGGGGCUGGAUUUAGUGCCCAAACAAAUUAAACAAUGUCUCGUAAUUACGCACUCUUCAACUUCACGCAUUUACUUCUUGCUCCAAUGCCCAUUCUUCUCACACAACGCACUUAAGCACUCUGUUGCAGAGAGGGAAAGGAACCAACAAACAAACAACAAUGCCUCCAAAAGUCGAGGAUUUCUUGUCUGUGGCAAAACAAGCGGAGCAACUUCGAAAGGACGGCAACAAUUACUUCAAGAAACAGCGUUUUGGAGCUGCCAUUGAUGCUUACACUGAGGCGAUUGCACUGUGCCCCGAUGUUCCGGUGUAUUGGACCAACCGUGCUCUCUGUCAUCUCAAGCGCAGUAAUUGGACCAGAGUAGAGGAAGACUCUCGUGAAGCUAUCAAGCUUGACAGCAAUUUGGUUAAGGCCCACUAUUUGUUAGGUCUUGCAUUGGUAGAGAGACAAGAGUUUGCUAGAGGAAUCUUAGAAUUGAAGAAGGCUUUGGAUCUUGAUAGAGGUUCCCAUCCUAAGGGCCAAAUGGUAGAGGAAAUAUGGCAAGAGCUUGCAAAAGCAAAAUACCUAGAGUGGGAACAUUCAUAUGUUAAGCGAUCAUGGGAACUACAGAGCUUGAAAGAAGCUUGUGAGGAUGCUCUAAAGGAAAAACAUUUUCUCGAAGUCCCCCACACGGAAGGAUCUGUAGAAGAUGAUACUACCCAUUUAGAACAGUUAGAGGCUUUAGGAAGAGUGUUUGAUAAAGUUGCAGAACAAGACAUGCCUACUGAGGUGCCAGAUUAUCUGUGCUGUAGAAUCUCACUUGAUAUUUUCUGUGAUCCUGUGAUUACCCCAAGUGGACUUACAUACGAGAAGACAGUGAUUAUUGACCAUCUUGAGAAGGUGGGUAAGUUUGAUCCAGUGACUCGAGAACCUCUUGAUCCAUCACAGCUAAUACCAAACCUAGCAAUAAAGCAAGCAGUUGAGGCAUUCUUGGAUAAACAUGGGUGGGCAUACAAAGAUAUAUUAACCAAAAGCUUUUAAUAGUUUGUUUUGGGUUUGUUGUUCUUCUCCUUCACUUCUUUAUAUAGAAUAGUAGCCAAUGUAAGUGGGUCUUUAUCUCCUGUGGGACACUAAUGCUAUCUUUGGAUGUUGAUAAAGAAAUUGCGUUGGUGGAAAUUGAGUAUAAUGAAAAGAGUUAUGGUAGAAAG